CGGCUGACGUAAUUCUCAUGUCAUUUCUAAUUGUACGUGUUUGCGAUACUUUACUCGUACAUUUGUGUAUUAAUGUUCAACUAGAAAAUUUACUCGCUAUAUUCGCGAUAUUUUCCAAGUUGAAAUGGCUACUCUUGAUACAACGAAGUUCUCUUCGAGCCCUCCCAUCUAUUGGUAUACAUUCGCUUUCGAAGAAAAUUACUCUCCGGAACGUGGUCGACGAUGGAUGAACGAAAAUUACUGGAAUGCGUAUCUCCUCUGCGGAAUAUACGUUUUUUUAAUAUUCUCCAUACAGUUUUAUAUGCGAAACAAGCCUCGAUAUGAUCUACGCAGACCUCUGGCGCUUUGGAGUGCUGCUCUUUCUGUAUUCAGCAUCGUGGGAGCGAUGCGAUCAGUACCUGAGUUAUACCACAUGCUGACGAACUACAGUUUAUACGAUACAGUCUGCUAUCCAAUUGUUGGAAACCAAGCCAAAACGACUGAAUUUUGGACCUGGCUGUUCAUUUUAUCCAAGCUUCCUGAAUUGGGAGAUACUAUGUUCAUCGUAUUACGCAAACAACCGCUGUUAUUCUUACAUUGGUACCAUCACGUAACCGUCUUACUCUACACGUGGUCAGCCUUCGCCGAAAAUUCAUCUUACGUAAGAUGGUUCGUUUCGAUGAAUUACAGCGUCCAUGCUUUCAUGUACUCGUACUACACCUUGCGAGCUUUACGUUUCUCCGUUCCAAAAUUCGUUAUGAUUUCGAUAACGUUUUCUCAAAUACUACAAAUGGUGAUGGGAUGCAUAGUGGUCAUUUUGGCCGUUUAUUAUCGCUUAACGGAGCAGCCAUGCCAGGUCUCUAAUAAGGAUAUUUUCUUCUGCUGGUGCAUGUAUUUCAGUUAUUUGAUACUGUUCAGCAGAUUAUUCUAUAAAUUGUAUUUGAGUCCAUCGAAAACGAAACCGUCCUCUAUCCCUGAUAAUACCAAGAUCAAAGGAAAGUAAUCACUCGUCAAGUGCCUGAUACUUGUAGAAUAUAUUUAUUUAGUUAGAUCCUUGAUACGUAUUGCAUGUAAGUAUUGUAAGCAAUUAUUUUCCAAUAAAGAAUAAAAUUUAUUCUCA